UUUAAUUUAUUAUUUGUGUGUGUGUGAUUUACUUGACACAAAAGUAUAUAAUCCAUAUAAUCUGACUUUAGAGUUCGUCCAUGACGCAAUGAUGGAAAUUUGCAUGGAGGCCUUUCCAUUUGUUAACGGUGCGGUGGGCGUUGCCUGGUGGAGCGGGUUUUGAUAGAGGCGACUGGACACUAUCAUUUCAGACACGCGCACUGUACUACGUGUUCAACACUUAUCUGAACAGGUAAACUACAGCAAACGGGGUUGUUUUGGGUUUUUUUUUACCCCCCCCAAAGGAAACUAACACAUUUACUUUUGCGAGCUUGCUCCCAGUGCGCGCAAUGGCUGAAAAAAUCGACAUGGAAGAGGGGACGGUAUCCAACGGUGAAGCGCAUUUUGGACCGGUGGCCGACGGGCACAAAAACAGCAGCGAGUCGCCGAGCCGGCGAAUAAAGAGGAUAGUCAUGGCCAACCUACUGGUGAUCCUCACCGUGGCCGGGGUAAUCGUCGGGGUUUUUAUCGGACUCGGGGUGCGCAACGUGGAUCUCAGCAAGGCCCAGAUCAUCUAUAUCGGUUUCCCUGGAGAGAUACUUAUCCGACUGCUGAAGAUGAUAAUCAUCCCCCUGGUCGUGUGCAGUCUGGUCUCCGGCGCGGCCAGCAUCGACCCCAAGGCGCUCGGUAAACUGGGAGGCUGGGCCAUGCUAUUCUUCUUGGUCACUACUUUGAUAGCCUCGGCCAUCGGAGUGGUGAUGGCUUUCAUCAUCAGCCCGGGCUCGGUAACCGGCUCCAAACCCAAAGUGACAAACUUUGACGAUGUAGUCCCUCAGGCGAAAGACGUAAUCGACUCCUUCUUGGAUCUGAUCAGAAACAUUUUCCCCUCCAACCUUGUGUCUGCUGCCUUCCAGUCGUACGCCACCAGCUACAAGUUAGUUACCAGAAAUAAAACCGAUGUAGAGCUCGUCCCUGAGAAGGUGCCUAUUGGUACAGACCAGGAUGGCAUGAAUAUUCUAGGUCUGGUGGUGUUUGCCAUUGUGUUUGGUGUGGCUUUGAGGAAGCUGGGAGAGGAAGGAGAGAUACUCAUAAAGUUCUUCAACUCUUUCAAUGAAGCCACCAUGGUCCUGGUCUCCUGGAUUAUGUGGUAUGCCCCUCUGGGUAUCAUGUUCCUGGUGGCUGGUAAGAUUGUUGAGAUGGAGGACGUUGGUACACUGUUUGCCAGCCUGGGGAAAUACAUUGCCUGCUGUAUCAUUGGCCAUGCCAUCCAUGGCCUCAUAGUGUUGCCGGGCAUCUACUUUAUCUUCACCAGGAAGAACCCUUUUAAUUUCCUGUGGGGCAUAUUCACCGCUCUUGCAACCGCUUUUGGAACCUGCUCCAGCUCUGCUACAUUGCCCCUGAUGAUGAAGUGCGUGGAGGAGAACAAUGGCGUGUCAAAGCACAUCAGCCGGUUCAUCCUGCCUAUUGGCGCUACGGUCAACAUGGAUGGAGCUGCGCUAUUCCAGUGUGUGGCCGCCGUCUUUAUUGCUCAGCUCAAUGACAUUUCUCUCAACUUCAUCCAGGUUUUCACCAUCCUAAUAACAGCCACAGCAUCCAGUGUGGGAGCAGCAGGUAUUCCUGCAGGUGGUGUGCUGACCUUGGCUAUCAUCCUGGAGGCUGUAGGACUGCCCACCAAUGACAUAUCUCUCAUCCUGGCUGUAGACUGGCUUGUAGACCGUACCUGCACAGUGCUGAAUGUUGAAGGCGAUGCCUUUGGGGCUGGGCUCCUGCAGUUCUUCGUGGACCGCACAUCCAAACCCCAGGCAGAGCUGAGCGAGGUCAAGCUAGAAGAGGAUCCCACGGCAGCCGAACCUGAACACUCGCCACUGAUCGGGAAAAAAGGAGUGAGCAAUGACGGCCUGGCCUCAGCACGGUCUCAUGAAAAUGAGUCUAUCAUGUAAACUAGGUGCUGACAUUAUCCUUCAAUCAAUGGUACGACAACACGCCCACAGCACACACGUUUUUGACCCCGCCAAUUUCAGGCCUCAAGCUGCUUUCCACCGUUGCUCCCUGAAGAGAAUAGAAUGGUGCAGAGAGACUGCAUUCAAAGAAGAUUUCGCUCUCCUCAUCAAGUCAUUCUUCUUGGAGGGUAGAAAUAAAGGAAGGGGGUCCGUGGUGGUGUAGCGGUCUAAGCAUCAGCUUUGUGUCGAUGCAGUUGCCCACUGGGGACUGGGGUUCGCGCCCCGGUCUCGUCAGAUCCGACUAUGGCCGGACUCGACGAAGCAGCAAUAAUUGGCAACGCUGUCUUCGGGAGGGGGGCGGAGUCGGCUUGUGUUCGUCACAUGAAUGCGUCUCUGGGUGUGUCGGAAAAAGCAGUGGUUCAGCCUGGAUUCGCCUUGUCACAAAAGUGGCGAGGCGUCUCCUUCGAAACUGCCGGCCGGAGAGAUGCAGUUGGCGAAUGCAUGCAGUACGAGGGUGGGUAUUUGAACUAAAAUAAGGAAUGAUUGGCCACUAAAUUGGGAGAAAAAGGGAAAAAUCAGAAAUAAAUAAAUAAAAGGAAGGUGGGAAAAAUUGGCUGUGAAUGGAGGCUUUUAAAUUUUUUAUUUUUUUAAGGGACACUACUUUUGUUUGUUUAAUAUCUCUUUGGAAAAAGCAGUGGUUCGGCCUGGAUUCGCCUUGUUACGAAAGUGGCGAGGCAUCUCCUUCGAGACUGCUGGCUGGAGAGAUGCAGUUGGCGAAUGCAUGCGGUACGAGGGUAGGUGUUUGAACUAAAAUAGGGAUCGAUUGGCCACUAAAUUGGGAGAAAAUUAGAAAUUAAUUUAAAAAUAAAUAAAUAAAAUAAAAGGAAGGUGGGAAAAACUGGCUGUGAAUGGAGGCUUUUCAAUUUUUUAUUUUUUUUUCCUAAGGGACACUACUUUUGUUUGUUUAAUAUCUCUUUCAGGAAUCAUUGCCUUUCAACUUUGUUUCACUGUUUUGAUUGUGUCAGCAUCUUUAUUUUCUAGUCCAGCGUUUCCCAACCCAGUCCUCAAGGAACCCCUAUCCUGCAGAUUUUCAUUGUAACCCUGCAUAGGUAUCCCUGCUUGUACUUACUCAACCAAUCAUCUCACAGCGCUUAAUUAUGCAAGGUGAGCAACCUCUGACAUAAUUCAUUGCUCUGAUUGGUUGAAUAACUACAAACAGGUACCUAUUCAGGGUUGCAAGAAAAAUCUGUAGGAUAGGUGUUCCUUGAGGACUGGAUUGGGAAACACUGUUCUAGUCUUCAUUGUUUUUCAGAAGUACAGCCUCUUUGAAAGUUUGUGUCCAUCUGUUAAUCUGUAAUGUGUCUACAAUCACCCCAUGCCAAUGGUACCCCUGUGAAGUACAGGAACUCUCUAGUGGUGGUGGAUGGUAUUAGAACGGUCACUUGAUUAUAUUUAUACUGUUAAAUAUAGCAAAUGGAGUUUAAUAUCAAGUCAUAUCGUACAGCUGAAUGUGAGACUUUUUCUCAAGGACUAAAAAUGUAACGCACACAAACACCAAUUAGCCAAAACAUUAAAACCAUCUGCUUAAUAUUGUGUAGGUCCCCCUCGUGCCAUCAAAACGGUUUGACCCUUUGAGGCAUGAACUCCACAAUACUUCUGAAGAUGUCCUCUAGUAUCUGGCACCAAGACAUUAGCACAGCAGAUCCUUUGAACCCUGUAAGUUGCGAAGUCGGGCCUCCACGGAUUGGACUUGUUUUUUCUGCACAUCCCACAGAUGCUCGAUCAGCUUGAGAUCUGGGAAACUUAGAGGCCAAGGCAACACCUUGAACUCUUUGUCAUGUUCUUAAAUGAUUCCUGAACAAUUUUUACAGUAUGGCAGGGCGCGUUAUCCUGCUGAAAGAGGCCACUUCCAUCAGGGAAUACUGUUGCAAUUAAGGGGUGUACUUGGUCUGCAUUGAUGUUUAGGUAGGUGGCACGUGUCCAAGUAACAUCCUCAUGAACUUAGUAGGAACUGAUUUCCUACAUUAAAUGCACUUACUGUAAGUCACUUUGGAUAAAAGCGUCAGCUAAAUGACUGUAAUGUAAUGAAUGCCAAGACCCAAGGUUUCCCAGCAGAGCAUUGCCCAGAGCAUCACUGCCUCCGCCAGUUUGCCUUCUUCCCAUAGUGCAUCCUGGUGCCAUCUCCGCACACACAGCCGGAUUCAGACAUCCGAACACGCACACGACCGUCCACAUGAUGUAAAAUAUAACAUCGUUCAUCAGACCAGGCCACGUUCUUCCAUUGCCCCAUGAUCCAGUUCUGAUACUCACAUGCCCAUUGUAGGCACUUUCAACAGUGGACAGGAGUCAGCAUGGGCACUUUGACCAGUCUGCCGGUUACGCAGCUCCACACACGGCAAGCUGUGAUGCACUGUAUGUGUUCUGACUCUUGUCUAUCAUAGCCAGCAUUAACUUUUCAGCAGUUUGAGCUACAAGUAGCUCUUCUGUGGGAUUGGACCAGACUGACUAGCCUUCGCUCCCCACGUACAUCAAUGAACAUUGGAUGCCCAUGACGCUGGUUGUCCUUCCUUGGACUACUUUUAGUAGGUAAUGACCACUGCAUACUGGGAACACCCCACAAGAUCUGCUGUUUUGGAGAUGCUCUGACCCAGCUGUCUAGCCAUCACAAUUUGGCCUUUGUCAGAGUCGCUCAGAUCCUUACGCUUGCUUGUUUUUCCUGCUUCCAACACAUCAACUUCAAAAACGGAUUGUUCACUUGCUACCUACUAAUAAUAAAUUAAACUUAUAUAGCACUUUCUAACACUCAAAGUCACUUUACAAUAAACGGUGGUGAAACAAGACAACAGAUAAACAUAACACAAACAUACAGGGGUGGAUGGGAAGGGGGGACUGUGAGGGAGAAGCGGCAGCCACACACGAUUCCAGCAGUACUCUCCCACUUAAACACAUACAAAAGGGCACGAAAAAAAAAACAACAGCACCGUGGAUGUUGGAUUUUCUGUAGGGGUUUACUCCCGUAGCCUCCCGAGGUAUCCACUAGGCAGUGGCACUAUUUAACCCAUAGCUGGGGGCUGGUUCGUAGGCACCAGGGAAUAUCCACACACCGGUGGACCUGUGUACCGCACGUCUAGGGGCCAGACCUCCACCAAGUCCCUUGUAGUUAAGCCAGGGUCCAAGGUGUACCCAGUUAAAGUGUGUCGCAGCGAGGAGGCACUACACAGGGCUUGCUGUUGGAGAGGCUAUGUACUGGCAGGGAGAGACUUGCGUGCUCGGCUCUCCUGUUCGCAUUUCUGGUAGCCAGCGGUGAAGGUUGAGAGUGAGACAUGACAGGCACAGAGCACUACACCAACACACUAGACGCUUCACAACAACCCCACUUCUUACACAAGAAUAUCAGACACUAAUAUAUCCCACCCCUUGACAGUUGCCAUUGUAACAAGAUAAUCAGUGUUAUUCACUUACCUGUCAGUGGUUUUAAUAUUUUGGCUGAUCGGUGUACAAAACUAAGCACAAGCUUUACUUCUCAUCACCUCUGCCUCUUCAAAAUGGACCCCAGCAGGAUGCAUAAUCUCAGGUUUAACUUGUUCUAAAGUUUGUCCCUCAAAUACCUUGCCUUCUAAAACCAAAACUCGCACAGAGCAAAUGUGAAGAUUGUUCAGUUGCCACACCUAUUGAAGGUCACUUCCUAGGAAGCAUUUGUUGUUUUUGUUUUUUUUGCCCAUGGUUUUCCCAAAGCACCGCACAAAGGUUUUAAAAACCACAGUCCAACAAGAAUGAAAAUUUGAUUUGGAAAUUAGUAUGCAAGUGUUCUGAAUCGAUCAAUAUUCACUAUGGUGACACUACCUUUACAAUUCAAAGUAAGAUGGACUGUGGUCAUAUGUUAUGGCUUUUGGGGCAUAAACCCCUAGAAGACAGGUGAAAGGGUCAAUGGGUCAUCAUCAUUAAUAUUAUUAUUAAUUAUUGUUAAGAUAGAUAUUUAUGUUAAGCAAUGAUGGUCACAUACCUGAAAUGUGUUAUUUGUUCCUGGACCUCCCAUAUAUAAUUUUUCUUGCCCCAACAUUUUUAUUCUUUUGUAUGUUUUAUAUUUAUUUCUGUGAUUGAAUAACACAAAGCCAGAUUUUAGCCACAGGUCUGAGUGCAUUCAGAUAUGUCUGUACUCAGAUAUUUCAGUCAUCAUUCCAUAAGAGUCUCUGUCCUCUUACUGUGUAUAUUGGUCUGGAGAAGGGGUGUGUGUUCAUGCUGAUGUUAAGAAAAAAACCAACUGUGUACGUACAUGCAUUGGAGAGAAUUGUCUUAUCGUGGUAACACUCUGAAUGUGAUGAGGGUUGAAAAAAUAAAGUGCUUUUUUUUUUUACUUGGUGUGCUCCCUGAAUGUCUGAUAAAGAAUAUCCUCCACUGGCUGUGCAGAUCUGAAUAGUUUCAUUGGUGGCAAAGAGGUUGUGGAUGAUGAAGAGGAUAUACAUUAAAAAUAAGGAGCAACUGAUGUUCUAUUGAAGCAGUCAAUAGCUUUAUACUCUUGCUGCAUCUAGUUAGCUACACAUGCUAGCUACAUGCUAGCUAACUGUGUAAGCCUUCAUCUCCCAUAUUAUACCAUGCUAGCUAACUGUGUAACCCUUCAUCUCCCAUAUUAUACCUGUGAAUAAUCACACAGCAGUAACAAUACUACAGGAGACCAUCAUAUGCUGUACCCACAGAUGUUGCAGUGGUGUUUUAUGUGUAAUGUUUCUCUUGAGUACUACAUUUUUAUACAAUCCAUUGAAUUCAGAUGUCACUAUUUUCACUUAGCAAAAGGCACUUGCCCAGUCGUUGAACACAAAACAUACACAGGACAUGUACAUUAUCAGGCAACAGAUUCUUUUGAUCAAUUUAAUUAGAUAUUAAACUUCAUGAAACCAAUAUGAAGGUUUGUCAUUUUUGUUUUCUGUAAAAUAGUGGCCUAAUUGACAAAUUACUCAACCUUUUAACAAGACUGACAUGUAUUUGAUACCAUGUUAUUUUAACAAUCAGAGUUGAUAUGAACCAAACGGCAAGGUAACAUUCAUACAUAGAUUGUGCAAAUCUGAAAUUAGAAAGUGAACCAGUGCAAAACAUCAGACAGCCAUAAAACAUCUUUAAAUUAAAUCCACUCACUGAACAUACUUUUUGUAUUGUACCUCAGAUAUUGCUAAAGAUAAAAGAUUACAGCUUUUGAUGAGAUACAGCAUCACUGUAGAUCUUUUAUAGUCUGUUAUUUAUCUUAACAGUGAACUGUCCUAAUAUUUACACUACAUUACACAGCUUGUCCCACACAAAAUAAAGUUGACUUUGCAGUCCUGUUUGGAUCACAUUUUGUCUAAAGCAUCCGUGUCUGUAACAGGGGAAUCCUUACCAUUAGAAGGGAGAAAAACAAGGCAAUGAAUGUCACAAAAUAAAGAGAUGAAUGCAAUCAGG